AUUCUACUUUUGAACGUUCAUGGGAUUAUCACAAUCGUUGCUUUGCUCGGGAGUUAUUUCGUGCUUAGAGCGUUUCACAAAUUUCGGAGCCUGCGAACUGCUUCCAACAACAUUCUGGUGAGUUUGUCUAUCGCCGACGGCUUACUAGCGAUUCCCUUGAUUCUUGAUAUCAUUCAGUUAUGCCUUAGAUAUAAUGGUGGGGAUCCUCCAUGUAUUCUUAAACAAGUAGGCGGAACUGUCACCUUGUUCCUCCUUUCGGUCAUUGUUCUUCAUCUCAGCUUAAUGAGUUUAGAACGUUUCAUCGCCAUCAAGUUCGCUUUAAGAUACCAAGCCAUAGUGACCAAACGCCGAGCACGGAUCGUUUCCAUCGCGAUGUGGCUGUGGGCUCUGGUCGUUAAUGUGGCUGUUCCAGAGGUUCUUCAGAAGACAACAGGCAAGGAUCACGGAAAAUAUCACCGACAUAUGAAUACACAUGAAUGUAAUAAAAAAUACAAUACAAACCAAGAUGGCACCAGAUGGCAUCUUGUAUUCACUGCUACGUCAAUGUUUCUUGUCCCCUUCCUGAUCAUUUUAUGCUCGUACACCUACAUCUUCAUAGUGUCCUUCAAACAGAGACAAUUUGUCAGAGGACAGGGCCGCGAAGUCACAGGAAUGCCUACCAUCAAGCAUCACUUGAAAGGUGCCCGCACUCUCGCCAUUGUUGUAGCGCUGUGUCUACUCAGUAUCAUCGCUUUGCUGGUUGUGACAACCCUCCGAGUCUUCCCUGGCAAAUCACCCGGGGGCCGCAACUAUCAAAUGUGCAGACUACACAAGAUCGUCUACGACGUGGCCAUGUUUUUGAAUGCCAUAUGCAACCCUCUUAUUUAUGGGUGGAAAAAUGAAGAAUUUAGAAACGCUUUUCGUAAGAUGCUGAAAUGCUGCUAAGUGAGCUUAGUGCGCGAACGUUGUUUAUUAUUAAUAGGCGCGUCCUAGGCCAUACCCAAGAUUAACUGUAUUAUUUUAUUUAAGGCAAAUCGGCCGAAUAUCAGGUACCAGACGAUACCAAACUCCCUUUUGUAAGCCACUGAGAACAGCUCAAGAGGUUUCUUCCUGCUAAAUUACUGGACUCAAAUAAAGAGCCGUACCCAGAAACUGUAUGGUGUCAAAUGCUUAUUCAUGUCUUGUAUGAUAAUAAUAUAGUGGCACGAAUAUAAGAUGUCAAAUUUUAUGAGAAAAGUUUCCUUUUGAGUUAAAAAUGAAACUAAUUAUAUGUUUUAUGAUCAGAUCUAGUGAAAAAAAAUACUUUUGAAAGAGGCCCAGUGGAGGACACUCACUGAUACAUUGAGAAUUUUUCAAAAUUUUUAUCGUCGGCUGAGAAGUGAGAGGGAUUUUUGAUUAAGAACUGAGACCACAGGCAGCCCAAACUCACGUUACGAGGAAAGGGUGUAAAGUAAUCUACUUACCAUAGGUGACGCGUGACCUUUUUGGUAGACGCGUGAACAAGGCCAAAUAAAUUUUCAUUUGUCUCGCAUGUUUUUGUUUUACCUGUCUUGUUCGCAACCUUGCUUCGGAAGAAUUGCUUCGUCAAGUCUUCAUUUGACUGAAAAGUUUUUAAAUUAUGUUUUCGUUAAAGUUUAAAAUAUGUUAAAUAUAAUAUGAUAAUUUUAAUCGCAUUUUUUUUAGCUUAAAAACUACUGAACUGGGUGGUCGAAAAGUCUUUUUCAGUAUUAAGCAUCACUGUAAUCCGUUUUUAUCAAACUUCCAAACUUCGAAUGACUUAAGAAAAGUGGUAAAUAACUAAGUUUUGCAGCCAUCUUCGGGUGUUCGCAAAUUGUUUUCUUUUGGUCGCUUCUUUUCGGCUUAACAUGAACACCUGCGCAUGUAAAAUUGUGGGCGUUCGUUAUUAUCUGUGUUCCGCUCCUAACUACUUCCGCUGCUUAAUAAGUUUUGAAUUUGAUUGAAACGUUGCCAGCGACUAUGAAUUCCAUUUAUUAUCUUACUACUUAGUGAAUGACGUGUUUCCAUUUGCAAUAAAGCAGGACGUGUUGAGCCAGAGUGUCUGCUUCCUUGAAUGAUAACACUUUGUAUUCAGCUGAUAAUCGCAUCUUUACUUUGCUUUUCUUUUCCUUUCAGUGCAAAGAAUUGAAAAUUUAUUUUAAACCGCAAAGAAACAUGUCUGUCAAAAACUAUAAACUGACUUAAGAGUCCGUUUGUAAUAAUAAUAAUAAUAAUCAUCAUCAUAAUGAUGAUGAUGAUGAUAAUAAUAAUAAUAAUAAUAAUAAUAAUAAUAACAAUAAUAAUAAUAAUAAUAACAACAACCCAGGAGUCAUUUCAUGAGUUUAAGGUUGAGUAUGAUCGUCCGGGUGAACGUAGUCCUGAAUAGGACUGUUGUUGUUGACAGUGACUGACGUUUCGACAACCUGUAAGGUAGUCAUCUUCAGAGUUAAAGGGAGUUGUAUCACGUCAGUUGAUGGUAUUUAAAUAUGGUUAUUGACCUGAUUGGUAAAUCAAGUCGCCAUGUUAUUGGUCGUCUCUCAGUUAAGCCGUGAUGUUAUUGGCUAUGAAGACCCGUAAUGUCUUUGGCGCGUUUCGAUCCGUCUAUUGUCACAGUUAAAAAGACAGUUGUGCAGUCGUUCUCUUGUAGUUAGUUUUCGUCAAUAAGUCGUCAAUAAGUCGUUUGAAUGGUGCUGGUAACUGUUGACUAAUAAUGAGAAGAAUAAUCUUAAUCAUAAUCAUAAUCAUAAUAACAAUGAAAUAAUAAAAUGAAAAAAGGAAUUAAUUCUUUGCAGCGUCUUUAUACCUGGUAUAGCAACGCCUUUUUAGCUCUAAUUUUGCUCGGGGAAACGACAAGAGGCACUGGGGUGAUUAUCUCCGAAAUAUUAGCUCUAUAGAAAAUCUCUUAGUAGUUCUACAAUCCCAAGAUUCCUGUUUUACCAAGUCUAAAUACACUGGACUGACACUAUUUAAUAAGAAUUAUUCAUAUGCCCGUUUAAAAAAAGUCAGUUGUUUAAUAACAAUAAGAACAUAAAAAUACUGACAAUACGCGGCAUGUGAUAGCUACUUUUAUUUCCUUGACUCUUGACAUGCUAUUUGUUUUCUUAAUGGAUUUGUAAGGAAAAACUUAAGAGUUUGACGUUUAGAAGGCAUUUGUUAGGGCAGGUACCUGAUGUAAACCAGCUUAUUUGUUUGCAACCUCAUAAAGUUGCAAGAGAAAUUAGGAAAUUUUAGGUUACAAAACGGUUUAUUAUAAUCAUAUUUUAUCGCUAUUCAGUAUUCAUUUGUAUUUUGUUUUGACGCUAUUAAAACUUAUAGGGAACGCUAUGAAUGAAAGUAGAUAUCGUUAUCUAAUAUCAUAAAAUGAGCCGCCAUUUCACCUGGCUAUGGCUGCCAGCAUUUAUUUUGCCGAGUAAGUAUGACAAGAAACGGAUCAACAGUAGCAUUUAUCAGGAGAGCAUAAUAACAUUAAGUUCUGACCAUAAGGCAGUGCCAAACUUUACCAGCAACGUAGCUGGCACAAUACUCCUUCAAUGAUCCAAACACGGAUGAAUUGUUCUGGUCGAAACCAUACCUCACAGAAGAAGACGUGGAAAUUUAUUCUACAGUUGAACUUUGAUGUGGUUAUCACAGUCGCUGCUUUGCUCGGCAGCUAUUUGGUGCUCAGAGCGUUUCACAAAUUUCAAAAUUUGCGAACUGCAUCCAACAUCAUUCUGGUGAGUUUUUCCAUCGCUGACGGUUUACUGGCGCUUUCCCGAAUUCUAGACAUCAUUCACUUGAGCAUAAGGUAUAAUGCUAGUGAAGUAAAGUAUCUUUUACGUGUUCCUGUUCUUAAAGAGGUAAGCAGAACUUUCACCUUCUUUCUCGUUUCGGUCAUCAUUCUUCAUCUCGCUUUAAUGAGUGUGGAGCGUUUCAUCGCCAUUAAGUUCGCCUUAACAUACCACACCAUAGUGACCAAACGCCGAUCGCGGAUCGUUUCCAUCGCAAUGUGGCUGUGGGCUCUGGUCGUUACGAUAGCUCUGCCAAAGGUACUUAAGCUAAUGGGGAAAGAUUUCAGAAAUGCAGACAGUAAUACUUCCCAAGUGCUCCACACCAGAUGGCAUCUUGUAUUCCAAGCUGCGUCAAUGUUUCUUGUCCCCCUGUUGAUCAUUUUAUGCUCGUACACCUACAUCUUCAUAGUGUCCUACAAGCAGAGACAACAUGUCAGAGAACAGGGCCGCGACGUUAGAGGAAUGCCCAUUAUCAAGCAUCAAAUGAAAGGUGCCCGCACUCUCGCCAUUAUUGUAGCGCUGUGUCUGCUCAGUAUCAUCCCUAUGCUGGCUGUGACUUUCCUCCGAGUCUUCCGUGGCGUAUCACUCGGAGGCCGCUGCCAUCAAAAGCUACUGAAGCAAAUCCUUUACGACGUGGCCAUGUUUUUGAAUGCCAUAUGCAACCCUCUUAUCUACGGAUGGAAAAAUGAAGAAUUUAGAAACGCUUUUCGUAAGAUGCUGAAAUGUUGCUUAGUGCGCAAACGUUUUUAGGUGUUUAAAAAUGUUUUGUUUAAUGCGAAUUGGCUAAGCAUCAAGUACCGGCAGAAACUCAUAAGGGGUUCAAACGAUACCAAACUCCCUUCGGUAAGCCACUGAAAACAGCUCGAGGUUUCUAUCUGCCAAAUUACUGGACUCAAAAAGAGCCCUGCGCGGGAACUGUAUGGUGUCAAAUGCUUAUUCAUUUCAUGUAUAAUAAUAGUAUAGUGGCACGAAUGUAAGCUGGUCACAGGUUGAGUAAAAAAAGAGACUAUGUCUUAUGAUCAGAUCUAGGGAAAAAGAUCAUUAAAAAAAGCCCAGUGGAGGACAUUCACUGACACAUUGCGAAUUUGUCAAAAUUUUUUACUGUCGGCUGAGAAGUGAGAGGGAUUUUAAAUUAAGAACUGAGACUUAAGAUCGAAGAAUUGUUGAUAUGGCUGGGAAAUGCCAACGGCGAUUCCAGGACCCCCAGCAGUCACCCUUUAACUCCCAAAAGUUGUAAAAGAAAAAGCUGACCAAUUUUACUGGUGCUUUUGCAGAUAGCACGGGAAAGAAGCAAAAUUUCCCCACAAAAGUUUUAAAUGAAUAUCAAGCAUUCUAGUCUCUUAGUAUAAUGCAAUGAAUACGUUCUUUACAUUCCAUACGCAAAAAUAAAUCACAAAAACUUAUGUACCGUGUAUGUACACGGUUCAAAGAAGAUCUGUUGGGAGCCCGGGGAAGGGGGCGACUUCCAUAUGAAAGUGGAUGGAAUAUUCGGCGCCUCGCUUAGGAUUGAUCAUGACGGAAACCAAUAUGAUAUCUUUACCCAUAGAGGUUAAUUAUUGCGGAUUGUGAGUAAAGAAAUAACUAUGUGAAACAAUCAAAUGCCCUCGUUCUUGCUUGAGUCAAGUAACGACCCAGUCGCCACAUAUUGGUCUCCUAUACAAUGAAAAUUUCAAUUUUCCGACGAUCAUCUUCGUCUCUGUUAUUUCGCAUUUCCUCCUCCCCCAGGCGGGAAAGGUUUGAAAGAAGGCUCAUCUUUGAGGUCAUGGCCGCCCAUGUUGUCUGCCGUUUUGGAUCACGUCAAAGGUUCACCAGUAGCUCAUGGCCAAUUAUCUAUUUAAUGUCAACUCAAAUAAAACGCUGUAACGGAGGAAAACCCGAUCGGGAUCAUUUUAAAAUCCUUCCUCCCUCUUGUAUCACAGCGGAUACGAGUUUGCUUGGUGGCCUUAAAGGGGAGAUCCGCCCGAACAGGGUUCUUUGUUAAAGCUUCAGCUGCUGGUAAGGCGAGGGAUUUCACCUGGCUAGUUAAAGUAUAUGAAAGAAUAGGACCGGAAAUCUGUUAUUUGCUAUGGCUUUGAAUCGAAGAAGUCGAGAAAAACCUCCUGGUUUAGUAAUUUUUCACAAUUAAUAUACAGUGAAUAUAUGGCAGUUCAAAACGAUGCAGCAUCCUAAUUUAGGUAUGUGAAAGGGGACCGGUACCAUUUGUCAAUAAAAGGGUAUACAAAAGGGAUUCCUUUUCUGUCAAAAAUGGUAUACGUAGUAUAUGAGAAGUUAAAUCUUUUGACUUCGGAACGGAGCCUCCCCGUAUAAAACUUUGUUGAGUGCUCCCCCGGCGCGAUUUAUCAGUCCGCUGCCGGAUGGCUGCUCGAUAUCAAGAAGGUAUUGUCUCUUUCGAAGACAAAGCUGAAUUACUUGAAUAUAAGUUGAGUAUCCACCUGUUAUCUUUACUAAAAUAACUGCUUUUCAUGACUAAAAACGUUCUCUUAUUGCAAUAUACUGAACAAACAGAACCCUUCUCGUUUGUUAAUUGCAUGUUUUCCUUGUGACACUUUGUUUUUGCAAAUGGACGUUAUUCGUAUUAUGAGGGAAAUGAUUUUUCCGAUCUGUUUAGUUUGGUUUUUCUUGUUCUGAAUUAGUUUUUGCUAUUCUUAGAAAUUGCAUUCAAUUCUUAUACGUUUAUCUGAGUCAAAAACGGUAAAAACAACAUCCGAAAAUAAAAUAACUGAAAUUGCAUCGUCGUUUAAAGUAUUGUAAUUGGGUGUGCACAGUGUUGCUUUUUGUAUGGUAGUCAACAUCUAUUUUGAGUCAAAUGAAUGGCGUGAAUGGGCUAUGUAUACGUAUAAUUUCGACCAUGGAACUAAUUUUUGCGGUAGUGUUCUUUUGCGGGAGCAGUUUCUGCGCCGGAUCAAUCCGCGAGAAUUAAUUACGACACGUAACAUCAUACGUGGAUGACAGAGAGUCUUGAAAAUUGUGACUUUCGAAUAAUUAAUUUUGAGCUGUUUUCGAAUUCUUUGCGAUGUGUCAAAUUUUCCUGUGUUUUUUUUGCCUUGACCAGUCCGAUUCCUAACGAAGUCUCAUAUUUGGCCAGUUUUCACCCUUGUCCCUUAACAGUGCUAUAAAUUAUUUCAAUAGGGGAAGGUUUGGAAGUUUUAAUAGAAGUUGAGGAACCAACUCAAUUGAGUCACUACUAAAUAAUUUAUUCCUUCCGUUUCACUCUGCAAAGAGGACUUGCGUCAUUGGGUGUUUUGUUAACAAUAAAAUAUUGCCUUUCAUAACUUACAAACCUAUUACUAAAUUAAUUGUAGGCAUGGUAAUUUGUAGUUAUCCUCAUUUAAGAACAUUAUAAUAUUUAAUAUUCAGCGAAGCGCAGCUGCGCGCAGCCCAGUUUAAAUUCAGAUAAAGGCAAAUGUGAGCGAAUUAGAAACUUAUAAGGAGACAUUGCUAAUUGCAAUUCUAAAUUUAGCAGACCUGGCAGAACAUGCCCUGUGAGUAGAGCGAAAUGUUGCUACAACGAAACAGAGAUGAACGCUACCUCUAAACUUUGUCUUGAAGGCUGCGGUUUGACGAAGACUGAGUCUAUUAUCAUGAUAAAUUUCCAUGUAAUUGUGGCCGUCGCAGCCGUUUUCGGCAGCUACCUCAUGCUCCGGGCGUUCCACAAAUUUCACAGUCUUCGAACUGCGUCAAACGUAAUCUUGGCGAGUUUGUCCAUUGCUGAUGGAUUGCUGGCUAUCCCGUCAGUCCUAGACAUCAUACACUUAAAUCUAUGCUUUAGAGACGGGCAUUGGUCUGGCAUUCUGAGUAACAUAAGCUCGCGUUCCAGCUUCCUUCUCCUUUCAGUUAUCAUUCUUCACCUCGCCUUAAUCAGUUUGGAACGGUCCAUCGCCGUGAGAUUCGCCUUGCGAUACCACAUCAUAGUAACCGAUCGCCGGGCACUGAUCGUUUCUAUCGCCAUGUGGCUGUGGGCUGCCGCCGUUAUGUUUGUUUUCCCACAGGUCCUUAAAGCAUCCAUCGACGAUUUCGAACAGUUCCGCCAGGCGAUGAAUCCCUAUAGUAAGACUCCCGAAGAACCCCCAAAUCGUGACUUGCCUCCUUUAACUAAAGGAUAUCUCAUAUUCUUGUUGAUAACACUAUUGGUUAUCCCCCUAGUUAUCAUCUUAUGGUCCUACUCCUACAUCUUCAUAGUGUCUCUUAAGCACGGAAGGCAGAUCAGAGAGCAAGCUGACAUCUCAGGAUUACCUCAUCGAAUCAAGCAUGAAAUGAAAGCUAACCGCACUCUCGCCGUGAUGAUAGCAGUAUGCCUUCUCAGUAUCAUACCGUUGUUGGUUGUGACAUGCCUUCGCUUUUUCGGGAAGCUGUCCGAGUGUGGCCAUCCAGAACGUAGGCCUUACAAGUUUAUCGUUUACGACGUGGCAAAUGGCUUGAACGCCAUCUGUAAUCCUCUUAUUUACGGAUGGAAAAAUAAAGAAUUCAGAAGAGCUUUUGUGAAAGUACUGAAAUGCACUUAG